GAUUUGGGCUAGCCACACUUGCCAGCACAACCAGGAGAACAAUCGACAUAACACCCAGUAGAACUUCUCGUGUCUCGCCUUCGACAUCACGGCAGAGGAUUCCUUCGCUGCUCCUUCGGCGGCGCAGAUCGACAAUGAAGACGAUUUUUGCUGCCUGUUUUGUUGCCAUUCUGUUGGCCCAAACUGAAGCUCAACCAGUCAAGAAUGGCUACCAGAAUGUGAACAACCACGUCAUCCAAAAACGACAUGUGCAGGUCGUUGACGGCGUUGAACAGAAUGGCGAGGAACAGAAAGCAGGUGACCACGUGGUCCAGAAGAGAGAGGUUCAGGUCGCUGGCAGUGCGAGGCAGGAUGGAGACGAACAGAAUAUAGAUGACCAUAUUAUCCAGAAGCGAGAUGUUCAGCAAGUGGAGGGCCGAGCCAGGCAGGACAGCGAAGUGCAGGAAGCCCACAGCCGCCUGGGUAACUACGCCAUCCAAGGGAAAGGCUUCCAGAGGGUCGUGGCCAGUGACGAAGGAGGACCCAUCAUACAGCUCCAUCAAGAUGCAUUGACAGCUGGCUGCAGAAGCGGCAUAAACUGCCCCAAACCAGUGAACGAAGAGGGCGAAGAAUAAACAGUCCUUUUCACAAGCAUUAGAAAGUAAACAAAGAUAAGAAUCAUUAUCAUGGUUUUGUUUUGAAAUGGUUUGGCGUAAGAUGAUUAAUAAAUAUUGAUCUUUUUCUGCUCUCAUUGAUUAUUGAUAGUUAUUUCUCGACUUCGUUUUCUGAGUCAGUCAUCAGUUGUGACUUUUUGCCUUUCUGUAAUCUAAUAUAAUAAAGUAAAUGAAUUAUUCGAUUGAAAAGAAUCCUAUACAUUUUAAACAAACAUUAGAUUAAGGAAUUGUAGUCCAGAGGUUUUAUGAAGCUAAAUAGAUUACACAUCCAAGUGAAAAUAAGUUCAGUGAAUUUAGUCUGUAGUUUUCCUAGUGUAAUAAAUGUAUAAAUGCACUAACGAAACCCGCCAUUGGAAUAAACAGGGAACUGAG